CACCAGACCGUCGUGAUGUUCCACCAGUCGCUCAGGGUCAGAACCCGAGAUGCCCUAAAUGUGGCCGCUAUCACCCCGGAGAUUGUCGUUAUGUCCAGAAGGUCUGCUUCAACUGCAUGAAGCCCGGUCAUUUCUUCAGCAACUGCCCCGAGCCCCCGAGACAACAGCCGUACCAACAGCCCCAUCAGCAACAGCAUCUUUCCCCUCCACCUUACCAGCAGCAGCAACACAAGCAGCCCCCACCACACCAGCAGAGGGCUGGGGGUCAGGCCCGAGUCUAUACCCUUGCUCAUGACGAGGCAGCCAACAACGCAGGUACCAUGUCUGGCAUGAUUUCUUUAUCCAAUGUGCCUAUCUUUGCGUUAUGUGACACUGGAGAUACUCAUUCCUUUAUCUCCUCUCGAUGCUUGGAUGCCCUUUCUAUUGAUAAUGUGUGCAACUGUGACCCUCUCGAGGUUAGUCUAGCCUCGGGAAAGAUUAUUAUUUCUGAUUCUAUGAUUUCCUGUCUUCCAGUCAGUAUUAGUGGGCGU